AUGGAGACCACACAGACUCUCGGAUCUGCUUCUCUUGUGCACCUCAUUCCACAUGUGCAAACCGAAUUAUCGCCAAUGAUUUUAAAACGGAAGAUCAUUGAUGAUUCUCCCGAUAGCUCGACGCCGCCUUGUAAGAAGCGUAAAAUUCCUCAAGAUCGGUCGACACGCAAAGCAUACACAGACACACCAGAUGGUUCCAUUCCUCCCAGUCCCAAGAGGCGUACUCUCUCCCGUUCAUAUGCAAUUGCUGACCUCGCCGUCCACUCCGAGACUGCAGACCUACCGCGCACAAUUCUCAAAGAGCGUUCGAAACGCAAAGCAUACACAGACACACCAGAUGGCUCCCUUCCUCCCAGUCCCAAGAGGCGUACUCUCUCCCGUUCAUAUGCAAUUGCUGACCUCGCCGUCCACUCCGGGACUGUAGACCUACCGCGCACAAUUCUCAAAGAGCGUUCGAAACGCAAAGCAUACACAGACACACCAGAUGGUUCCCUUCCUCCCAGUCCCAAGAGGCGUACUCGCUCCCGUUCAUAUACGAUUGCUGACCUCACCACUCGCCCGACUGAGGAGCGCAGUCCAGUCCCCUUCCUUUCGCGCGGAACUCCCUUGCCUGCGGUGUCCUUGACUGGACAAGCGAUUUGUUCGCAUUGGCCCUUUCCAAACGAGCUUACAUUGAUGAUCUUCCAAUAUCUGCCUGCGGCAGACCUGCGCUCGAUCACACAAGUCUCGGUCCUCUCAAUGGACCUUGCCGCACCCAUAUAUCUACAUUCCAUAGGCUUACAUGUGGAGCGGACAUGGCUGCAAGUCAACACUCAAACCUGCCUAGCCCUUCCGUUGUACAGUCGCACUAGUUCUUUCUGCGUCCCCCGGUUCCUGCGUUGUGACCUCCAUGGUACUGGUGACCAUGACCUGGCAGCACUCAAGAUCUUCUUGCAGUCCUUGAAAGGUGUUCAGAGUAAACCUAUCUCAUCGGUCAUGUGCUUUGACGCCCCCCCAGGAGUAGAUCUGGCAUCUUUAUUCCAGCUCGUCAAGGAUCUAGGUUGCUUCAGUUUCAGUUAUUCAAGUAGUGAUACAGAGGACUUGUGUACGAUUGUACCUGCUCCUGUUUCUGGAUCGAAUUCAAGUGCAAUAUGUCAUCUCCGGCGAUUAUCGGUGGACUCGCACAUGUUUUUCUCUCCAUGUGUCGCCUCGCUCACCCUCGCAACCUUGCGAGAUUCCCCGUUAACCGACCUCUCGCUCACCCACACUGGAUUGAAUGGCAUUCAGUGGGCUGCGUUACUGCGGAACGUCCACCUCCCGCUGCUUCGAAUGUUCACAGUUGACAUCGAGUGUCCCCCUGAUGUCCUCGCUGAAUUCUUGAUCCGCCAUCAGAAUGUUGGCCAAUUGUGGAUUCAUCCAGGGCAGAAUCUUUUCCCGCCGAAAUCGCAGAAUCAUUCCUUGCAGAAGUUGUCAAGACAGACGUCGCAACAAAUUGACAAUUCCCGUGUACUACACCUGAACGUUCUUGGUGGUCCACCUUGGUACCUCACUUCCCUGCUAGCCACAAUUCAUUCAGCCCCCUGUAUUCGAAACCUCAACCUUCGGUUCGACGAAGAUCUCACCUCUAACCGUUUGUCCGCUGUUCUAGACGUUACCCAACAUUUCUCGAGUAUUCAGGUAUUACAGUUGAGCUUUUUCGAUGCUCCCCAUUAUGCCAACCACUUCGACUUUCCGUGCAACGAACGCCGUACCGUACCUGCGAAACAGUUAACUAUUUCUGUGCAUGGUCCUGAUCCGGAUGGUCUCCUCUUCCAUUGUCGUCCUUGGCUCGACGCCUUUCACGAGCUGGAAAGCGUUGAACUUCGGGCUAAACACACGAAUUCGUUAGAAAGGCUCAAAAUACUUUUUUCUUGUCCGGAUCAUCCUUUUCAGCUUGAGAUCAGCAGUAGUGACUUUUAA